AUGGACCCCAAUACUAGUUCCCAGGAUGUGAUUAGAUGUGCCCAGUGUGAAACUGCUGUGGUACAGAUGCACUGUGUUGCAUGCAUUGUCAACCUCUGCAAGGCUUGUGUGGGAGAACACAUCUCGGAUGAAUCCAAGGAUCACAAAGUGGUCAAAUUUCAAUCUAGGAAAACCACCCCUCUCUAUCCUAGAUGCACAUUCCAUGAAACAGAGCGAUGUGAGAUGUACUGUAGACAUUGUGACAUUCCUGUCUGCCUUACUUGUCUGCAUUCUGAUCAACACCGCAGUCAUAAGUUAUCAAGAAUCCAACAAGUAUUGAAUGAAAAGAAAAACUUUAUGAAAAAAGAGCUAAGUGAAUUAAAUGAAACAAUCUAUCCCACCUAUCAGGGCAUUGCAGCACAUGUAAAAAUUAAAAUGAGUCAGCUAGAGAAGGAAUAUGAAGAUAUAUCGACCGUCAUAACAAAUCAUGGAAUUUACUGGCACAGAAAUAUUGACAAAAUUGUGAAUAAACUAAAAACCGAAGUUAAUGAAAUGAAAAUCUCUCAGUUACAAACUUUACAACAAUAUUUUGAUAAUAUAUACAAGAAAAUUGUUGGCAUUAAAAGUGAAAUCGACUCAUUAGAUACAUGUUUUGCUGAAAACACAAAUGACAUUGCCAGAUUUUUUAAUUUAAGACCUAAAGUAAAUCAAUAUAAAGAGCUUCCACAAAAUCUUGUACUCUUUAUUCCUAAAUUCAAUCCUAAGACAAUUCAAGAUGAAAAAUUUAUUCACCAAUUUGGAGGGUUAUCGUCAAUUCCUUUCACAACAGAAGAUGCAAGAAUACAGACAACUCAAACAUCAACACAAUGUGGUUCCUCCUUGCUCAAAAAGAAAUUUGGAUCCCAUCUCCCAAGAAAACAGUUUAACACUGAUAUGUUCCAUUUUGAAAACUAUCUUCAAAACAUUGCCUAUCUAAGUAAUGAAAAGAUAUGGAUAUGCGUUUUCAGUAACAUUAUAGAACUCUAUGAUACUAAAAGGCAUUUGUACACCAAAACAAUCAGGACUAAGUCAGGGAGCGUCCCAGCAGACAUAGCAGUGACAUGUAGUGGAUAUCUAAUUUAUACUGAUGACGUGUAUAAAACUGUCGACAUAGUAAAGAAUGAAAAAGUAGUGGAGAUGAUUCGAUUCAAGAACUGGAAACCCCGUAAUGUCUGUAGCACUUCCUUUGGUGACCUCCUUCUUACCAUGGAAAGUGAUGAAAAACAAUCAAAAGUUUUCCGAUAUUCUGGAAUCACAGAGAAGCAAUCUUUUCAGUUUGAUGAUAAGGGCAAUCCUCUCUACACAUAUGGUGAGUUUAAAGAUAUAUGUGAGAACAGAAACUUUGAUAUAUGUGUGGCUGACUCUAAAGCUAAAGCAAUAGUGGUGGUCAAUAAAGCUGGGAAAUUGAGAUUUAGUUACAUAGGACACACUCCUGCUCCAAAGAAUAAACCAUUCAGUCCGAGAGGAAUCACUACAGACAUUCAAGGUCACAUCCUAACAACUGAUUAUGAUAAUAAAAGUGUCCACAUCAUGGAUCAGGAUGGACAGUUCCUACAUUACAUUAACUGUGGAAAGAAUUAUCCUUAUGGAAUCUGUAAAGAUACAGUUGGCAAUCUGUUUGCUCUUUGUAAUGACGGGUUCUGUAAAGGUUACUGCGUGAUGAAAAUCAAGUACAUGUGGUGA